AUGGAUCAAUCAGAAUAUGAAGCUAAAGAAAUGCUUAAACCAUAUUUAACAUAAUUAGCUUAAUUAGAGGAAGCAGAUAAAUUGAAGUAAGCAUAAAUAACAGCUUUACGUUUGGCAAUUGAAUAAUUGAAGUAAUAGGCAUUAGAUCAUUAAAAGAAAUAUGAUGAAGAAUAAAAAAAGGAUGGUACUAAUUUGAAUAAUUAAUAUUUUUAGCAAAAAAGAAGGGGUCUGUUAAGAAAUGA